AUUUGGGUCUUGCCUACUUUACGUUAACACCGCUCCCGUUCUACCAUAGUGACUUUGCAUUUGUAUUAGUCUUGUACACGUAUAGCACCUAUAUAGGCAUUUCCACUGCCAACUCCUUCGAAGUAUUAGUGAGCAUUCACUGCCCUAGCAAUGCGAUCCCUAACUAAUACCAAGUAACGCUUGGGUUUAUACCUACUUACUAGUUAAAUUAUAAUGACGGGCAUAACUGCGCGGCCGACUGCCCUGCGCGAUGUGGGAGCCGUGGACGCGCUUGUUAAGCAAGUUUCCAAAGCUGAAGUCAGUAGCACACACCUACUGACCAGCGCACUCCUGAACCUGUCAGCAGUGGACGAAAAGGACAACGUCGUGGGAUACCUAUGCCUGGACGAUAUCCCAUGCGCAAGGCUGGGCCAGUCAAGCGAGGCGGCGGAGUUCUGGAUUGAGGAGGCGUCGGGGCCGCGGAUAAAGCUGGGCAGCACUGCUUUUGUGCGCGUGUGUUCAACCGCUCCCUUGUUUGAGAUCGAGGCGUCAACGACUCUGCUGCGCAGCGCCUUCUUGCUUGUUCCCACAUUACAGACGGUGCUUAUGGCCGCUGGUGGUGAAAUCUCGUUUACCGAACCAGGCCUAGCGUCAGUCUUCACCCGUGUGGCCAGCAGCAAGGAGGCCGGCGUGGUGCUCUACGAGGCCAAGCGCGAGGCGGUGGUGCCACCCCUAGCCGUGCGGCCCGCACGGGUGGAGGACCAUGAUGACAUGCUGCCCAUCCUGCAGCGCUGCGAGAAGGCAUUCCCUGCGCUGGCCAAGCUCCCCGAGAGCAGUCGGCCGGAUGAGCCAUUCGCGCUGACACGUGUGGUCGCCGGGCAGGAUGAGCGCAACCGCGUGCUGGUGGCGGAGGCGGACGGCCGGCUGGUGGGCUUCAUCGUCAUGACCAGCGACGUGGACACCACGAGCCUGGCGGAAACCUUUGAUUUGCACCCGUACGACAACUUCUUGCCGCCUGAGCUGUACGAGCAGCAGUAUCAGACGGCGAAGGAGGCGGUGCGGGAGCAGAAGCUGACGUUGUUGCGAGCGGAAGCGGCGCGGCGUGCAGGCCCCGGGGCCGAGGAUGGCAUGGCGACCUCUGUGCCUCAGGUGCUGCAGGUAGAGCAAGCUGGAACAGGCGACGGUGAGGGGACGCAGGGCACGGACCCGACCAGCGGAACCGGAGGUGGUGACGGUGGUGCGGGUACUACGACCGGUGGGGAAUCAGGCGAUGCGGAGCAACAGGAAGGGGAAGGCGGAGAGGCCGGCAGCAAAGGGACUCGGUCGGGAAGCAGCGGCGAUGGGGCUGCAGCGGCGGCCGCGGCGGCGGCAGCCGCCGCGGCUGCUGCCGAAGCUGAGGCCAUGGCGGCGGCAGCGGAGCCCACGGAAGAGGAAAUCCGCGCGGAGAUGCUGGCCAUGUUCGCCGGGGAACCGGAUGCGGAGCCGACGCUGUUUGCGGUAACCAUGCUUUGCAUGGACCCCGCCUACGAGUCGCAGUCCUGUGAGUUCCUGGGUCCCGCCUUCGCCGCCUUUUCCGACAAGCUCUACUGCGUGGUGACGCUGCCGCAUGACAGCCACGAGCCGGUGCUCAUGGAGACCAUGACGCGCAUCCAGCCGCUUGCCGGCACCCUCUUCCCCGAGGUGCUCUUCAUGUUCCACCGCCACGCGCUCAUCUCCGAUUUCUCCGUCCGCCUGGGUUCCGCGGAGGACCUGCCCAUGGUAGCCACCCUGGUAUCCGGCAUGCCCAACGCCACGGACAUCUGCGCCUCCUUCAACGGUGCCGCCGCCGCGGGAACCGCCGUGGUGGCGCUGUGCCAGGGCGAAAUCAUCGGCCUGUGCACCGUCAACCCGGAGGUCGACCUGGAGCUGCUGCAGGCGAACUUUGCGCUGUCGGGCCACGUGGACCUUGCCUACCAGUCGCGGGAGCAGCACGGCGAGAUCGACAUGUACACCAUGAACCCCAUCUUUGUGCACCGGCACCGCUCCUUCCUGGCAAGCGCCAUGCGGCUGCUGGGCAAGAGUGCGCUGUACUACGCGCUGCCCCCCGGGCAGCAGCCGCCCGACAUGCAGGAGGUGCUGGAGCAGGUGGCCCCGCGGCACCGUACGGCAAGUGACAAGCAGCUGCAGGCGGAGUUUGCGCUGUAUGCGUUCACGCGGCAGGCGGCAUUCAAGCGGCGGCGUUGCGUGAACUCCCAGAUUGUGAUUGCGGGCGGCAGCGAGUGCGGUCUGGCGGUGCUGGAGCGGCUGCUGCUGGACCCCGAGCUGCAGUUCAACUACCUCACACUGCUGGCGCCGGGGGGCAUCAAGGUGGGCGGCAUGGUGUGCCAGUACACCGCCGGCGUCAUCGCACGGCUGGGUCUGGAGGCGCGUGUGCUGCUGCUAGACGCCGAGGUUACCGGGCUGGACCGCAACGCACGCAUCAUCGACCUGUCGGACGGCUCGCAACUGUCGUACAACCAGCUGGUCAUCGCCUCGGGGCUGCAGGACCAGAGCCGCUACCGCUUUGCGGAGCACGACCCCGAUGUGGCCGGCCUGCUGGUCACCGAGCUGGAACUGGCUGCGGACUUCACCAUGAACGAUGCCAUGGUCAUGAACAGCAUUCUGGUGUACGGCAAUGCGCUGGGCGCCUACCAUGCGCUGAGCGUGCUGGAGGCCAAGGGCGCCGGCGAGAAGACGCGGUUCAUCGCGCCGCCCUCGCAGCACCCGCCGCUGGUGGCGUUGCUGCAUGAGGUGGCGGAGGAGGCGGGCUACGUGUUGCCGCUGCCGGAGGAGCGGGACAUUGCCAUGCUGGAGGCCGUACAGCCCAUCAGCUCGGAGCUGCAUGCCACCGCCGUCCUGGUGGAUCCCAGCGAGCCGAGUAAUCGUGAGGAGCUGACGAUAGACCUGCUGGUGGGCUGCGAGCCGCCGUCGGUGUCGCGCGCGCUGUUCACCUGCCUCAACGACGCCAGUCUGGUGUUUGACGGCCGGUUGGUUGUGGACGGGGCGUUCCGAACCAACGAUCCGAACAUCUACGCGGGUGGCACGCUGGCCAAGCUGUCCCGCCGCUACGGUGGUGCGCAUCUGGAGCACUACAAUAGUCGCGACGUGGGCAUGAAACUCGCGGCCAGCCUGGUGGCGUGCUUCGUCUCGAGCGACGGGGACAAGCCCGGCUCUUCUGCUGGUGGUGCUGGCGAGGCGCAAGGCUCCUCACCCGCGGAGCCGCCGCCAGCACCCGCGCUCAACCGCGCACGUGCCGUGGGCUGCGCGCUUCCCGGCGGCAACCACUUCAUGUUCGCAGGCUGUCCCAAGGCGCUCGCCAGCCCCUCGCUGCGAGCACCCGAGGGCGGCAUGCAAAUCCGCACCAAGACGGAACGCGGCCUCACGCAAGUCACCCUGGACGCUGACGGUCGCGUGCACAGCCUGAUCUACCUGGGCCGCGUGCCCGUGUCGCCUGCACGACUGGGUACCCUCGUUGGCCUGCACGCCAACUACCUGAACAACUUGACGACGCGCUACAAGGAGGGCUCCGUGCAUGACCUGCUCACCUUCCUCACGGAGCCCUGGGCGGACCUGCUGUACAACGAGUCCUUCCUGGGUCUGCGGGAGACGCUGUUGGACAUGGGGCUGGCGGCCAUAUCCGCGAGCAGCGGCAAGGACGUGGAGGGCGGGCUGGUGGAGUGGGUGACGAGCGCGCAGGAUGCGGUGCUGGAGUUUGCCCGGGCGCAUGCGUCGGAGCUGCCUGCGUACUACAUGCCUUCGCCGGCACGGACUUGAAGGGCGGGAAGGUGAUGGGGGAGGAUGCUAAGGGGGCGGGGCGUGCUGUGGUAGGGCUGCUGCAGGCGAUGGCCAGAAGUGGGUGUUUGUGGUUGGUGUUAACAUGCGUGGUGGCUUAUGAUAGGCUGUUUGGCUUGCACGCGAUGUGAGCUUAUCUGCAUAGACUCUGGUAGUGUUUCCAGAAGGCUAGGUGUGACCUGCUAGGAGGGUACACUGCGAUAGGUGUAUGCCCAUGUCAUUCCAAUGCCGAGGUGCUGACGGUGCGAGUUUACCGUUACACGGCUUAGGCCCUUGGCAUGCUGCCAAUGGGAACUUUAUUCUGUGCUAUAUCACAACUGACGAGCAUGCCAGGACGGCUACAGUGCAACUGGACAGUCGACCCAAUCGCCCAACCGUGU